AUGGAGCCCGAGCUCAAAGUAGCAUUUACCGAUACUUCAUUAGAUAAAUUUCGAGGAACCAUGGGGAUUAUAGAAAAGAUCAAAGAAAUUGAAGCGGAGAUGGCUCGAACCCAGAAAAAUAAAGCCACUGAAUAUCAUCUGGGUCAGCUCAAGGCUAAGAUAGCGAAGUUGAGGACACAAUUAUUGGAGCCCCCAAAAGGUUCUAGUGGAGCUGGAGAGGGGUUUGAAGUUACAAAAUUUGGCCAUGGACGUGUUGCACUAAUAGGAUUUCCCAGCGUUGGAAAAUCAACACUUUUGACAAUGUUAACUGGAACACACUCUGAAGCCGCAUCGUAUGAGUUUACCACGCUUACCUGUAUCCCCGGUAUUAUUCAUUAUAACGAUACUAAAAUCCAGUUGCUCGAUCUUCCUGGAAUCAUAGAAGGUGCAUCUGAAGGCAAGGGGCGUGGUAGGCAGGUCAUUGCCGUUUCCAAAUCAUCAGAUAUUGUGUUGAUGGUUCUGGAUGCUUCAAAAAGUGAAGGACAUCGACAAAUAUUAACGAAAGAGCUUGAAGCUGUGGGCUUGCGUCUAAACAAAAGACCGCCUCUGAUAUACUUUAAGAAGAAGAAAACUGGUGGAAUUUCUUUCAACAGCACCUUACAAUUAACUCACGUGGAUGAGAAGCUGUGCUAUCAGAUAUUACAUGAAUACAAGAUUCACAAUGCAGAGAUUUUAUUUCGUGAAGAUGCCACAGUGGAUGAUCUUAUUGAUGUAAUCGAGGGAAAUCGUAAAUACAUGAAGUGUAUAUAUGUCUACAACAAAAUAGAUGUAGCUGGUAUUGAUGAUGUGGACAGAUUAGCACGACAACCGAAUUCCAUUGUCAUUAGCUGCAACUUAAGGCUGAAUCUGGACCGGCUGCUAGCGAAAAUGUGGGAGGAGAUGGGUCUUGUCAGAGUUUAUACCAAGCCUCAGGGCCAGCAACCAGACUUCGGUGAUCCUGUGGUCCUCUCUGCUGGUAGAGGUGGCUGCAUAGUUGAAGAUUUCUGUGACCACAUUCAUCGGAGCCUGGUAAAGGAUGUGAAGUACGUAUUGGUUUGGGGCACAAGUGCAAGGCACUGCCCACAACACUGUGGCCUUACUCAUGGACUUCAGGACGAGGAUGUAGUACAGAUUGUUAAGAAAAAGGAGAGGGACGAUGGAGGCAGAGGACGGUUUAAAUCACACUCAAAUGCUCCUGCUCGAAUAUGUGACAGAGAGAAGAAGGCUCCUUUGAAAACAUAA